AGUCUCCCGGGGAGCAGGCUGUCACAAGCUAGGGGGGAGUCGCCUUCCCCCUGCCGCUUGGCCAUGAGAGAGCGAUGGAUCAGAACACAUUCUCCCACAUCCAGCUGUGGUGCCCGCGGCCCUUUGGCACCUACUCCCAGAACAAGCAGUGCAGCGGAGGCCAGGUGAGGAAGACCUUUGGAGACUUCACCUGCAAAGGCAAGGAAGAGGAAGACAGUGGAGGAGAGGCCUGCUCGGAGAACACCCCGCCUGCCCCACCCCCGCCACCCCCUGCUGUCUCCCCCAGCCCCAGCCAGGUGGAGGAGGGACGGGUGCUGUUGGACACGUGGUACGUGAUCAAGCCGGGCAACACCAAGGAGAAGAUAGCGUUUUUCGUGGCCCACCAGUGCAGCAGCGGGAGCCGAGCGAGCGCCAUGAAGGUCAAGGGUAACUGGGGGAGCGACAGCUCCAAGGCCAAGCGCCGGAGGCGGUCGCAUGACCCCAGCAAGAGCAAAGCAUGCCCCAUCAAGGCCAAGGACGCCAGCAAGGAAGCCGAGGACGUGUGCCUUUGUCCGGAGUCCCACGCUGAUCCAGGUGGCGACACCGACCUGCUCUCGGUGGCAGAGAUGGUGGCUUUGGUGGAGCAGCGCACGGCAUUGGCUCUGCAGAACUACCCCCGGCCGAGCCCCCCUGCCGCCCCCUCGUCCCCCAUGGUUUUCGUGUCCACGGACCAAGAGCAAGGAGAUGGCGGAGAGAAGAAGGCGCCUUCGUUAGGGGGCGGCUCGGAUUGCAGCCGGGUGGCCGAGGCCGUGGCUCACUUCGAGUCCCAGCAGCAGGACCGGAACGUCCUGCGGCAGAACGGCUUGUGCCGAGAGGCCCCUGAAUGCGUGGCCAACUCCCAGCACAGCCCUGGCGAAGUCCGCAUCGCCUUCCGGAUCUCCAGCAGCCGUGAGCCGCGCUCGCCCACCGAGGGCAGUUCCGGCGCUCGCCCCAACUGCGUGUUCAUGAGCUGUGGGGGCUCGCCGACCAGCAACGCGGCCCGUGCCAAAGACAAGAUCACCUGCGACCUCUAUCAGCUCAUCAGCCCUUCCCGAGACGCUCUCCCCAACAAUGUGGACUUCCUACUGGCAAGUGCCUCCCCGAAAGCGGCGGAUGGGUCUGGCUCGGAGCCCCCCGACAUAGAGAUGACUUGUGGGGAGAGUCAAGGUGGCUCAGGCAAACUGGAUGCCAUCCCGGAAGGGGGCCGAUCCAGCGGGGAGAAGCUGGGUGGCCCACCAGGCCCCAUUUCCAGGGACUGCGUAUCAGGCUUCCAUGUCGACGUAGUUGUCACCGGUGUGGUGGACCAGUGCGUCUUCUUCGGCAAGGACAGCACCAAGAAUAUGAAGGAGGAGACAGUUUGCCUGACAGUCGGCUCUCCCACCCAAGAAGUACUGUGCUCGUCUUGCGACGACCCACCUCCAGGACAACUCUUCUUCCUUCAUACCCAACCCCCUCGGCCAGAAGAUGGUAGGGAGGGAGACAGCUCCUUCUUGGACGCCAACAACACCAGCGACGGAGGGCCCGAGAGGCCUGACGGGUCCGGGCUGGAGCCGGCGGCCUCGGAUACCUCUCUGUGCCGCCUCUAUCGCCAUGUCUCCCACGACUUCUUGGAGAUCCGCUUCAAGAUCCAGCGCUUGCUGGAGCCUCGCCAGUACAUGCUGCUGCUCCCCGACCAUAUCAUGGUGAAGAUCUUCAGCUACUUGCCCACGCAGUCGCUGGCUGCCUUAAAAUGCUCCUGCCACUAUUUCAAAUACAUCAUUGAGACGUUUGGCGUGCAAGCCACGGACUCCCGGUGGAACAGGGACCCCUUGUAUCGCGACGACCCCUGUAAGCAGUGCAAGAAGCACUACGAGAAGGGGGACGUCUCCCUUUGCCGCUGGCACCCCAAGCCCUAUCAUCACGACCUGCCUUACGGACGCUCUUACUGGAUGUGCUGCCGGCAAACGGACAAGGACACGCCCGGGUGCCGGGUGGGACUCCACGACAACAACUGGGUGCAGCCGUGUGACAUGUUGCGGGAACGGGCCGCCCGGAGGGAGGACGGGAGGUGAGGGGCGGAGCACAGGGAGGGGAGAUUUUGAUGAAGGAGUCCUCUUU